AGUCCAAAGAUUCUAAUAAUUCAAAAUUAGGAUGUUUGCAAACAGGUGUUUGGAAAUUUUUUGAAAGAGGUCAAUCUAAAGGUGAUGGUUAUUGGGAAGGAACUUGUUCAUUUUGUGAACAUUUUUAUUCACAGGCCAAACCACAAACUCUGCAAGCACAUCUUGCUAAUAAAGAUAUUCCAACUGAUAAACCUAUAUCAAAUGCUAGUUCAUCUUUAGUUAAACAAAAAAAAAUAGCCAAACAACCUGGGUUAACUAAUUGGUAUGAUUCUACAAAAAUUGAAGCAUCUAUUGCUUUAAAGCUUCUAAAUCCUGGUUAUAAUAUUCCAUCAUGUGAGGUUCUCUCAGGAUGCUUAUUAGAUUCAGAAAUUGCAAAAGUUAUUCACAAAGUUGAUGGAAUUUUAGAACAUACAAACAACCUUACUAUUGGUCUUGAUGAAGAAAUUCAAGAAAAUCACUCUAAAAUUAUUAGUCCUGUCAUUUUAACAAUACUUCGUAGUCAAGGCUUUUUUACUGAUUUGCAAUAUCUUUCAGAUGUUUUAUUUCCAAUCAAAGAGCCAAUUUUGGCAGUUGAGGCAAAUCAUUUUACACUUGCUGACUGUUAUAUUAAUUUAGUAAAAAUUGCUGCAGCAAUUCAAAAUCUUCCUAUUGACAAAUAUAAAGGAUUUCACAAUGAAUCAUAUAAAGGUCUUGGAUUAAAGUUUGGAUGGAUUUAUGAAAAGCAUCGAACUAGAUUAAAUAUAGAUCAGUUAGAAGGAUUAGCAAAAAUUUAUCAGUUUAAUUUAUCAAACCCUAUAGAACAACUUCGUCAUACUCAAACUGCAGAAAUAACUCCUGAAAUAAUGACAAAUAUUGCCGAAACUGUUUUUAAAGAGUUUGAAAAAGAAACAUUAAUAGAAGAUGAUGAUAUUGAAAUGCUUAAUACUGCUGAAAACCUUUAUCCAAAUGAACAAGAUUUAGACUUAAGCAUUUCAACUUUUAUUGAUUUUAAAUCUUCAGUUUUUACAUUUUCUAAUAGUUAUGAAAGUGAGAAUUUUAAUGAAAUCGAAUCUGAUAAUGAUAUACAAGAAG